AUGGCCAAGGCCUCCAUCAUUGCUGGAAUGGCCCCAGACACUCCUCCGGAGGGGAUGAUGCCCGUGGAAUCGCCGCCGCAACUGGGCCUCUGGCAUCGCCCAAGCUGCAAGCGCAAGGAUAACAGCAGGCUGAGCGCCCCAACUGCGCAUGGUCGCGCUGUGAACAAGGUGAAGCACCAUGUCUGGGCCGACAUCAAGCACUCGAGGCUGUCGCCGCCCAAUGCUGCCUUUGCGCAGCUGGCUCUGGAGCACGGCCAGCAGCAUGGCCUGAAGAAGGCGCUACCGCAUGAUGAUCAGUUCUUCCGCCCCUUAUACCAAACGUGUGAAGAAACUGUGGGCCACUACAGCAAUGUGCUCAUACACGGCUGCGGCCGCGAGGCGCGUUCUUUCUUCCCUUACGACCCAGUCAACUGCCCCGAGUGCACGGGCCUGCCAGAGCACGUGGCACAGGCCAAGCAGGCGCUUGCCCGUGGAUACGCCGUGGCCGCCACGGUGGUCGACUUUCUGUCCAACCACAGCCUGGCGGGGCUGCCCGUCUUCUUCCACGGCUUCUCCUCGGGCGGUACCAUGUCCCUGAAGCUGCCGGGGUACCUGCACGACUGCUGCGGCGAGGGCAGGGAGGAGGGCGAGGCGCCGGGGCCCGGCGCGGGCCUGCGCAUAGACGGCAUCGUGUCGGUGGACGCGGCGCCGGAAGGCGGCUUUGGCGCGGAGGACGAGGAGGGCAGGUUCAAGCUGCCCAGCUUCCCGCCCACGCUGUUUGUCGUAAUGGAGCGCGGCAAGUCGCGGCAGCGGGCGCCGCCGCAGAUCGAGAUGCUGCAGGACGGCGGCGUGCCGGCGGAGAUGAUUGUGUCCCCGCCCCGCGCCGUCGGGCCUACCUUCUUCUCCGACCGAAUCCCCACCAUGAGCCGCCGCCAGAGCGAGGCGCUGGCGGGCGCGCUGCGGCAGAUUGGGCUGCUGGAUGCGCAGGGCUACCUGCUGGCCAGCCCCAUGGACCCAGGCUUCGUCAACACGAACACCAGCUCCGAGGCCUACCAGUGGGGCUCCCGGGUGCAGGCCCUGCUGCCGUGGCUGGCGGGCGAGGCGUGGGAUGCGGUGGUGCAGGAGGUGUGGGUGGCGUGGGGGGAGCACGAGAACCUGGGGGACUACGUCACCGCCAGCCUGGCGUGGCUGGAGGCGCAAGGGGAUGCCGACCUGCCGGCCCUGCUGCAAGCCCUCACGGUGGAGAAGCUGGCGCAGCUGACCGCGGAGCGGCGGCCGGGAGGCGGCGGCGCGCCCGCGGGCGCGCCCUCGCCCUCGCAGCCGCCGCGGUAG